AUGAAAAUCUUAAAAUUCAUAAAAGAAAUGGAUGUAUUUGGGGCAUUACUAUUUUAAAAAGUUGAUUAAACUUCUCAGAUCCAUAAAAGUGUAUUAGGAGGUUUAAUAUCAAUAUUACUUUUUUCAUCAAGCUUGGCCUAUACAAUUUUUGAAUUCUAUCAGUGGAAUACAUAUUAAUUAAGUCCAAAAAUAUCUACAUCUAAUUAUGCAUCUGAUUUUGAAUUGUUAGAUUUGAAAUAUGAUAUUGUAAAAUUUCAUUUCUGGAAAGAUUAAAGAAGUAUAAUAGAUCCAUUUGAGAAUAAAAUACUAAUACCUAUGAUUAGUUAUACUUAGAAUUAUACAAUAGUUGAAACCCAUGUUCUAAAUUUAUCCAACGAAACAAGUUAUCAAGGAAAUUAUUAUAUAAUACCAGAGAUGAGGAUAGGAUUUACAAAUAUUAAAGGAUAAAUACGAACAACAUCUGAAAUGUUUAUAUUUUUUGUAAAAUGUCAAUAAGAAUUACUAAAAGAAAAUGAAUAAUGUGCAUCUUAAGAAAUGGUUGAUUAAUUUUUUAGUUAACCAUUAAAUACGAUUUCAAUUUAAUUACAUUAUAAAUAAAUAGACUCUAAAGAUGCUUCAAUUUCAUAAAGUAUCCAAGAAUUAUUGAUUUAAGUGGAGAGAGAAAGUUGCUAUACAUUGAAUACUUAUCUUUAGACAAAUCGAUAUUAAGUAAAAAAUUCAUUUCUUUUUGGAUAAGCCUAAUAGUAUGAAUUUGUUAAUAGUGUAGAAAUACAACCAUAAACUAAUUCUUUAUCUUAUUGCCAAUAAGCUUUUGGAUAUGAAACUUAUGCUAUAUUUUUUAUUGAGAUGAAUGGAAAUUAAAUUAAAACUAUUAUUGAAUAUCCGAAUUUAGGUGAUGUUUUAGCUAAUAUAGGAUCUAUAAUUUAAGUUUUAUUUAUGACACGAUUCAUAAUAAUUUAAAUAAAUUCUUAUUUAUAACAUUAAUAGGUUAUCCAUUAAUUAAUUUCAUUUUAUUAUCCACAAUUUUAAAAUAUAAAAAUAUUCAAAAAUUGGAGAGGUAGAAUUUGUAAAGUGUAUUUAAAGAAUUAAGAAUUAGAUAUCUAAGAAUUUCUUUUAUUUUACAAUAAUAUAACAAAGUAAAUGGAAUAAAAAUUAACAUUAAUGAAUAUAUUAUAUGAAAUCUCAAGACUUUAUUUAUUAAUAAGAUCAAAUAAAUCUAGAGAUGAGAUCAAUAGAUGUCAUUAAAUAGGAAUUCCAUUAAAAUUAAGAAAUUAAUCAAUUAAUAAUGAAUUAGAUUAUUCACCAGGAUUUGUGUUCAGAAAUCAAGGCUAUAUCACAACUUCUCCAACAUCUUAGAAAGCAUAAAUUGAGAGUUUAUCAUUAAAUAGUUUUGAUGUGAAUAUUUUAUCUUUAAAUAAAAGUAGAUAAUACAUAAAAGAUAAUCUCACAGAACAGCUCUCUUUUGAAGAACAUAGAUUUUAUGAUUUAAAUAAAAUACUAUGGUGA